AUGGUGCUGGAUGCGCCAAGUGGCAACGCUACCAUGCUCCUUUCUUGUUCGCAGCUUGUCACAGAACGUCUCGAUCCGUACGCAAUUCCUCCCCCUCAUCAUUCAACCUCGCUGCACCACGUGCACUUUAUCGAAGACAUUUCCAAUUACUGGACUGCCGUAUUAUAUUUCAAAGCACGGAAUGGAACAUUUAAGCGGGUUCCUCAAAAGGGAAAUGUUCGCUUUGAAUCAGCCAACGGUGGUGGCCAAACCCUUUUCCACACCGCAUAUGGUGGCAGCGGCAAAGUGAACGUCACAGCUUUCAAUCCAGUAGGUUUUUUUUCUCCUAAGUUCCGUCGCCCCGCCUACACCGGCUUGAAAAGAGCAUCAACAAGAAGUGGCGAGAUUCUGUACUUUCCCAAUACAGCCUAUGCAGUAGGCAUCGUGGCGAAUGCCCGUUUUCCUACAUGCCGGGAUGGAGUUAAUUACGACUCAGCGGAUCAGCAGAGUCACGCUGCUUACCCACAGAGCGGUACAUUCGAGAACGGUGGUCCAUGCCCAAGCACUCACCCCGUUCACAUCCCUCAGCUCUUUUAUGAGACCGCCUGGGUUACUACCAAGUUUAACGACAAAUUACUCUGGCCUACAGAUGGCUCCCAACCUUUUGGUAAUUCUAUGCAGAGGGCGAUGAAUGCAAACUGCGAUGUAUCUUGCCCUUCAUUGAAGACACAGACCAUCGCCCAGGCGAAUAAGUGUCUCAAGUCUAUGAAUGUCAAGGAGGACGUCGAUAGCUGCUGA